AUGCACCACCUCCGUGUCACCCAUCUGCUGCUCGGCUUCUGUCUGUGGGUCGCCUUCUCUGCCCAGUCGGAGCUGGAGACAGAUGAAGUGGUUCCCAGGCUGCUGUCCGGCCAGGAGGCGCACCUGUCCACGGACCACAGCGUGCGGCGCCGCGGCCAGCGCUCCUUGGGGGCCGGCGGGGGAAGACACCCUGACCCGGACAACAUCAUUCUGACACUGCCCGCUUUUGGCACGGAUCUUUAUUUGAACCUGACGCGGGACGCUACCUUUCUGUCCCGGGAUUUCGUGGUGGAGGAGAGACGCAGGGGUCAGAGUUCAGAGGUCACACGUUUGUCCAACCAGCAGCUCUGCUUCUACUCCGGCUCCAUCAUCAACCGCACUGACUCGCUGGUGUCACUGAGCACCUGUGGAGGCCUGACCGGUCAGGUCCAGAUUGGAGCGGACAGCUGGUUCAUCCAGCCGGCGGAUAAAAACAACCAAUCACAGUCAUUCUCUGGACUGAAACACUGGCUGACGCGACACAGACGCUCACCUGGAACCAGCUCAUCGCCCCCUGCUGAUCAACCUGGGGUCUGCGGUACUAAACAGGCUGGAAAGAGAAAAGAGAGAAGAGCGAAAGCCAACGAUGAGCGAGGGAAGAGGAACGCCAUCCGCCUCCACGAAGCCUACACCGUGGAGACGGUGGUGGUGGCCGACUCUGACAUGGUUCAUUAUCACGGCGCUGAGGCCGCCCAGAGGUUCCUGCUCACAGUCAUGAACAUGGUCUACAACAUGUUUCUGCACCGGAGCCUAGGAAUCAGAAUCAACAUCCGAGUCACCAAACUGGUGCUACUCCACAGUCGACCGGAGAAGCUCCACGUUGGUCACCAUGGAGAACGGUCUCUGGAGAGCUUCUGUCAGUGGCAGUAUCAGGAGUUUGGGAGACCAAAGUAUCUGGGCAGUAACCACAUCCCUGGGGCCAGAGACGACAUCCCUCCGGUGGACACAGCCGUCCUGGUCACCAGAACAGAUUUCUGCGUUCACAAAGAUGAACCCUGUGACACAGUGGGUAUUGCAUAUCUGGGUGGUGUGUGCAGUCCCAAGAGGAAGUGUGUGUUGGCGGAAGACAAUGGACUCAACCUGGCCUUCACCAUUGCUCAUGAGCUGGGUCACAACAUGGGAAUGAGCCACGACGACGACCACGCCUCCUGCAAAGGACACUCACAUAUUAUGUCUGGUGAGUGGGUGAAAGGCAGAAACCCCAGUGACCUGUCCUGGUCCUCCUGCAGUCGAGAUGAUCUGGAGAACUUCCUCAGAACCACCCUUAAACCUGAACCCUUCUUAAAUGUAUCAUCCUCUAAAAACCUGAAUUAUCAACUAAAUGUAAUGCCUGAACUGACAGUUGGUAAGAAUGAGUAUAAACAGUUUGUGUUCGUACUUGACCUGACGACCUGCCCAGAACUUAUCCUCCUCUCACUCAUGUCAGCUCCUGUCAGCUCCAGCUCCCCCUGGGACCUCUCACUGCAUAAGCGGUCCAAAGGCAGCUCCUGUCUGCUCCACACCGACCCCAGGAGUCGAUACCAGGUCCGACUGCCUCCCAAACUGCCAGGCAUGCACUACAGUGUGGACGAACAGUGUCAGAUCCUGUUUGGAACUAAUGCCACGUUCUGCAGUGACAUGGAGAGGGUGAUGCCUCCUGUAAGACCAAACUGGAUCCUCCUCUGGAUGGAACAGAAUGUGGAGCGGACAAGGCCUGGUCCGGGAGGACGACACUGUCAAAAGACCAGUGUGGAACACAAAGCCUGUGAGGGUCCUCCUUGUCCCAAAGGGUCUCCCAGCUUCAGGGACCUACAGUGUCUGUCCUACGACCGAAACGCCAACAAGAAGAAGGGAAACCUCCUGACUGCUGUUAUUAACGAUGACAAGCCGUGUGCCCUGUUCUGCACCCCGGUGGGCAGAGAUGUCCCCGCCCUGAUGGCUGAGAGGGUAGUGGACGGGACCCCGUGUGGACCGUACGAAGCUGACCUGUGCGUUAAUGGGAGAUGUCAGAAAAUUGGCUGUGACGGCGUCAUCGGCUCUUCGGCUAAAGAGGAUCGCUGCGGAAUCUGCAACGGAGACGGCCGCUCCUGUAAGAUCGUGAGGGGAGACUUCAACCACACCAAAGGAAUGGGCUACAUUGAGGCUGUAGUUAUUCCUGCAGGAGCCAGAAGAAUCAAAGUUGUGGAGGACAAACCCUCACACAGCUUCCUGGCUCUCAAAGACUCCAGUAAGAGAUCCAUCAACAGUGACUGGAAAAUUGAGCUUCCAGGAGAGUUCGAGCUGGCGGGAACCACAGUGCGCUACGUAAGAAGGGGGCUGUGGGAGAAGAUGUCUGCCAAGGGACCAACUAAGACCCCUCUACACCUCAUGGUUUUGCUCUUCCAUGACCAAAGCUAUGGAUUCCACUAUGAAUACACCGUGUUACUGAACACAUCUCAGGACAGGAGUAAUGAGGAGCACAGGGAACAGGAGUAUCUGUAUAUAUGGACACACAGCCGCUGGCAGGACUGCACAGUCCAGUGUGGAGGAGGCGAGCGUAGGACGCUGGUUUCCUGUAUGAAGAUUGUGAAUAAAACUAUGGAGAUGGUGAACGACAGCUACUGUCAACGUGAGAACCGACCCCAGCCUCAAGUACGACCCUGCAACAUUCACCCCUGCCAGUACCGGUGGGUGACGGGAGAGUGGGGACCUUGUUCUGUUACAUGUGGUAAAGGUCUCCAGCAGAGGGUGGUGGUCUGUGUUUACCACCUACAGAAUGGCUCCGUCAUCAACACCAGAGACCUGUACUGCCAGGGGGGGAAACCUCCGGUCCUGCAGGGCUGCGAGGGACGGCUCUGCCUGACGGUGUGGGAGGCUUCAGAGUGGUCCAAGACCCUGUACAAAAUGUUCGUCAGAAUGUGGUCAAGGUGUUCGCCAGAGGACCGUCGUUUGUACGAACCCUCAGGGACGGUGUGA